UUCCCCAGCCAUCAGCCACACACAACCCUCCCUCCCUCAAAAAACGUCAUCUUCUCCUUCUGUGUUCUCCUCUUCGUCUCCUAUCCUCCCCUCGAAAAGAAAAAUAUUCAAAAAAAGAAGGGAAAAAUCGACUCCUCAGAAGAAUUUUUGAAGCUCUUGCUUUUAUCAGCUUGAGCUUCUUCUUGGAGAUCAGAGAGAGAGUGAGAGAGAGAUAAUAUGACAGCUUUUCUAAGCCAAAGCCUUGGUCUAUCUCCUACUCUCAAAGCAAUGGUCCAUCAUUAUGAAGAAACCAAGGUGGUCAUCGGCGAAAAGCAAGGGAUCACCACCAUUCUUGGAUCUGAGCCCGCAAAACCCACCUCUUCAUUGCGCCGGACUCUAUCCGCCGAUAUGUCCUCCAAGAAGUGGCUCUCCCAAAAUGGGUUGGUCUUCAAGAAUGCUCUGGCCCAUAUUGCAGACUCAUCUUCUUCCUCUGAAGAAGAUGAUGAAGAAGACUGUUAUGAGGAUAAGAGGAAGGAGAGUCGAGAUCUGGAGAAGUCGAGCCAGUUCGAUAUCUGGAGCUCGAUCAUCUCCCAGAAGCACGAAGAGCCGUCCGUGCAGGCCCCGCCGCCAUAUGUUCACCCCCUGGUGAGGCGGUCUGCCAGCUCCUUGAGCGGGAAGAGCCUUGAGAUCUGCACGGAGAGCCUUGGCUCCGAGACGGGAUCCGACAGGUUCUCCUCGUACCCGGCAUCCGAGAUGGGCAAUCUCCCAGAUGAAGACGAUAAGGAGAGUGACACGGUGCUUCAAGAUCUGGCAAAGCUUCAAUUGCCGCAGGAAGAUCAAGAUCAACAGCUCCACUUUGCAAGGUACAGCAAUUACGCGGGGUGGGGCAAGAAAAGGCAACAGCCGAAGUCUUUCCCUCCGCCGCUCCCUUCGCUCUCUCGCCCUGACGGGGCCUUGCUCCGCAUGCAAUCCCGUAGGGACAAUGGGCGCUUGGUCCUCGAGGCCAUCUCGGUCCCUUCGGAGAAGAACUUCUGCGUGCAACGCCAGGAUGGCCGCCUCAUCCUCACCUUCAACGUGAGCGGUGCUUUUGAGCGUGUCAACGACGACAAUGAAGCAGUAGGAGAAGAAGGCGAGGAGGAACAAGAGGAGGUAUUAGAACUAAACGAGGAGUUCUUGGGUUUUGGCGAGAGCGACGAGAAGGAAGAAGAAGAGGGAGAAGAUGAAGAAAUGGUAGAGGUGGAGGAGGAGGAGGAAGAAGAGGAGGAGGCCAAGAAAUUGAUAUUUGCCACUGAAGAUGCUCCACCAAAUAUAUUGGCUAGUGGGGAUGUGAAUAAUGUCCAUAAGAUUGCCAUUAUGAUGAACAAGAAGCCCAUGGAUUUAGCUAAUAGGAACCCCGCAUGGCCUAACAAGUUUAAUGAAGAAGAUGAGCCAAUCCUCCUACCGCAGUCGCUCCCACCGCUGGCUCGGGUGGCCCGAGUGAUCACUGAUCUGCCGCCACCGUCCACCGCAGCCUCCUUCAAUGCUUAUGAGUACUUUUGGCGGACCAAAUCCACGGUUGCUAGCGCCACUGCAGCUGCGGUAAUCAACCCAAUCAGUAGUGCCCAACAACAAUCCCUUGCCCUUAAUAGCUACUCUAAGAAGUACAUCGUCACAAAGAGUUUUGUUUCAAAUGAUCGGCAACAUCAAGAACAAGCAGCAGAUUUUUGGGCCUCUGGAAUUAAAAGUUGCAAGGAAAGCAGAAGGUCUCUUCUGUUCUGGGAGCCCCAUUGCAUUGCCACAUCCUGAAAAUAUGAUUUGAAUCCUUACUUUUGUUCCCCUUGGGACACUGAUUUUCCUACUUUAUUUCUCUUCUCACAUCACAACUUUGUGCAGUCAAAUAAAAGAAGAAAGGAGAGAGGGUGCUUUGGCUUUGAUUUCACGUAGAUCAGAGAGAGAUAGAGAGAAUCAUGUGUCAUCAGUUAUAAUAUAUAGCUUUUUUUUUCCUUUUAUAAUGUUAUGUCCUUGUAUUACCUAGCAGCUACAAAAGCCUAAAAACAAGAUCUCGAGAUCAAUCUUUGACUUAAAAGGAGACUUUCAUACA